GUGCAAGAUCCCCGGAAUCCCGACGCAGGCUUCCCCUGUGGUGUGACCAGAAAUCGCCACUCCACGCCUCUCCUCCGAUCAAAUUCGCCCCGGCCACCACGUCACAUUGUCCAGCAGGCAUAUAUGUGAACUCUCCUCUCAUCACUUGCUCCGUGGACGUUACUGUUGACGUUCACCCUGUUUGAGCAUGUCCCAUGGCCUUUUGGGUGGUUGACGGCGGUCGUUCACAAGGUGCCACCGGCCGCGGGCCCUACUUCCAUGGCGGAAAGCGGAGGGUCAGCCAGUCCGAUGGUGGCGAUGGUGGCGACACCUUCGACAACAAACGCACAAGAUUUGCCGACGGUGAAUUGAGUGCCGAUUGUUGUGGGUCAGCCCCCAGCCGCGGAGGAUACGAUUACGGCAAUGAUGAUCGCCAUCGAUAUCCCCACGCAAAUCCCCACGCUGGUUUAGCCUUUAGAUAUGGCUCUGGCCCUGGGGAUAGCUUCAAUUACCCUAUAGAUGACGAUCGCUACCACCACGAUUACGACCACGACCGCGAUAUCGAGGCCACUCCCCCACCUCUUCUCCCACCCAACUCCAUGCAUGGAAAGAACCUCGGCUUCGUUGUCAUCCGGGAAUGUUCACCUACUCCUGAACUGCCCCCGAUAUCUCCCCUCAGCUUCGAGCCUGGCCCUGCUUCUGACAUGGGCCCGGUCCUUUCACCACCCGGCCCUGGUCCUCCUCUUCCCGCAGCCUGUGACAUGGAGCGCACACAAUCGGGUCUCUCCAUCUCCUCUGACACCACGCAGAACUCCCUUGCCAGCCUCGGGACAGACGACAACGUCGCUGACUUUAUAAGCGACCUGGAAGCCGCUCGCGUGGUCCGAGAUCAUAUCGCCGGCCUGACCCGUCGGCGCCGUUGCCCGGAUUCGCAACAUGGCCGCAUACUCAAGGUCCUCAUCAAUCCCAAAUCGAAUCCGCGCGGCAGUACACCUGACUGGCCCCUGGAUAACGACGCCUUGCGUAGCAUUUUCUCCGCCGCCAACGAGCUCUUCUUCGCCAAACGUCUGACUGGACGUGUUGCCUGGGACUGGAGUCACCCAGCCAGCGCGCAGUACCAGGCGCACAUCGUCGGCACCACGGCGCUGCGACGUUCGUGCCAAGGCGGCUACGAGACGCUCAUCGUGUUGUCGUCGCCCAUCCUCACAGACACCAAGUACAACCGGCGAUUGCUCAUCUCAACUUUUCUGCACGAGAUGAUCCACAGCUAUCUCUUCGUGACGUGCGGUCUCAAGGCCGGCAAAUGUGGUGGGCACACUCCCGGCUUUCGCCAGAUUGCCGAGAUGAUUGAUGACUGGGUUGGUCGAGGGUACCUCCGACUCGGGGAGAUGGAGGCGGACCUAGAGCAGUUCCGUGAGCUGGAUGAGCGCACGUACGAUAACGAGCGCGACAACUGUGCCGUGGAUGAGGAAUGGAGGAUGCAUGGAAGUGGCCCUUGGCGCAGACGGGAUGACCGCGUCGAGAGGGACAGGGACGAUUACUAUCCCAUUGAGCCCCGCCCACAUCACCAGCCGCAGCAGCAGCAGCAGCAGCAACACCGACAUCACCCACGCCAUGAAGAAUGGCAGUGGCAAGAGCGAGAGGGCUUCCUUGCCCGCGUUGCCAAGGGUGGGGGCUCGCCAUACGUUUAGGUUACUGCGUGGCGAACGAUCCAACAUGGGUAUCGUUCACCUGAGACUUCUCGCCAUUGGGAUAUGGCAGGUAUUGCAGUCUCCCGUUAACCAGAAGGCAUGACUCGUCGGG